GUCUGCUGGCGCGUGGUGGCCGUGGAGGGGCGUGCGGUCGUACGGAGAUAUCGCGGUGUUUGUGGCGAGUGUCCCGUGUUUUCCGACAGCACUGCCACCGGCCGAGUGUCCGGAGUGUGGAGUGUGGAGUUGCGGGGCGCGGAGUCUGACGAGUGACGGCGAUCCGCAGUGGCGCGGGUCGCCGGGGGUCGCGCGGCGGCACUGAGCGGGAUGUGAGGGCGCGGAGGACGGGCCCGCCGGCGUGGCUCCUCGCGGGCUGUGUGGACGAUGAGAGCAGUCACAGGGCGCGACAUCGUCACCAUUCUGCUGCUGGUUCAAGGCUGCGCGGCCUCGUCUCGCACCACGGUGAUGGUGGCCCGGACGGGCUCCAACGUGACGCUGCCCUGUCUGGGCCUGACCGGGAUCGCCCACUCGGCCGUCGCCCGGCUCACCUGGCUCUGCUACGGCUGCACCGAGAGUGCCGUGGUGGCCGCCGUGGACGCCUCGCUAGAGACGCCGCUGGUCCAGUUCAGAGACGGUGUGACCACGGUGCUGGAGCGGCGCGACAGGAUCCGGCUGGUGCCCGAGACGUUCGCGCUGCGUUACGAGCCCGUCCUGGUGCGCCACAGCGGCCGCUACCUGUGUCGAGUCAACGGGCUCAGCGAGGACCACGCUAACAUCGAGCUGGUGGUGCAAGACGUGCCCUCGCAGCCGGGCGUGCCGCUCAUCACCAACUUCACCUCGCGCUCGGUGUACCUGUCCUGGGCGCCUAGCAGUCGCAUCAACAACAGCCCCAUCCAGCACUACGUCAUCCACGUCAGGUGAGAUCGCCACGUCACCACGUCAGACCUGCACAUCACGUCACCGACGACAGAGGAGAUGCCCAUUUGUGACGAACAGCAUCAAUCCCAGUACCCUCUCCCACUUGCUUUUCCGUCACCCCAUUCACCGACAUAAUCGACAAUCCGUCCGUCAACUUUAAAUCUUUUAUCAUGUUCAGUAGAACCGCCCGACCCACUGAUCAGGCCGCUCUGCGCUCGGUCUGUCUGUGACCAGUGACCACGCCAGCUCAGUGCUUUGCCAGGGUCACCAUCCAGCGCACCAUGUUGUCUCUGUCCGUGGAGAGGCGCGUCGUGUCUUCUACAUGCCCGUUGGGUCCGCUGUGCCCGCUGGGUCCGCUGUGCCCGCUGUGUGCCCACUGGGUCCGCUGUGCCGACCGUCAGCGACCACCACCCUCUCCAGUCAUGCACUCUACGCACUGUUUGCUGCGUAUCACGCUUUGUUUCCAGCUGCGCCGGCGUGUGUCGGGCAAACAGCGCCCUCCGAGGUCUACUUGAGUUCGUUUGGAGUCCAUUAACUCGCAGUUCGCUGCAAUAACGGCGGAGCGCGGCGACCUUCAUUUUCCCCCUGUCUCCGGCGUCGGUGCGGCUCGUGCAUAAAUAUGUGCUCAUUGUCAGUCCCCCGAGUGGCCGGGCAGACGUUGCGCGCAUUUUUGACGUCAAUGGUGGAGAGCAACUCGCCCCAAUGUGCGUGGCAGAGCUCUCACAGUGCUGUGUUGGGGACGAUUUUGCUUCUUUUUGGACUUGUUUUUCUCAUACGGCUCGCUUUGUUUGAAAAACCCGUACCGUGAUACCGGGCUAUUUGGGGAAACACAUAUCGUUCUAUUUCAAA